UUCAUAUUAUAUAACAGUAUUCUGUUGUCUGUUAACAUACAUCAUACCCUCGACCCCAUCAAUAAACUUUUAUUUAGAAUUUACUGUGUGUCUCCAAGUUACUCCAUAUCUGGUGGGAAAGACAAAGCAUCUCUAACCACGUGAUAAAUGCUGUAAAAGACACAAAGGUCAGCUUUUGUGGGCUACAGAAGUCCAUGCUUAGUUGAGGGAAGAGAGCUUUUGGAAGAAUGCUGUAACUGAACCAUAGUCCCGCAGGAGAACUAAGGAAAGAAUAUUAGAGUGAGGGUUGAUGGUUGAUGCCCUGCCUGAUGGGACAGAUGAAGCCAAGUGAGUGUUGGAGAGAAAUUCUUGUAACCCUGAGGUCCUGGACAGGAAUAAGGCUCAGCUGCCUCAAAGGGAUCCUGCUGCAGGGGAAGCAAGGCUGAUUUACUGACCUCUCUGCUCCCCAUUGUCAGCCCUAUGUCUUCCCCCAGCUGUGAGGAGGCACCCCCGGAGCCUAAGCCCUCCAACUGCAAGAAGAGAAAGAAGAAAAGAAAAUGGUUACGGCAAGAGGCCAGCAUUCAAGCCCUCACCAAGGCUGGCCACAGGGCCCUACAGGCUGGUCAGAGCCAUGAAGCUAUGGUCAGCUUUCAGGAGGCCUUCCUCUUGGCCUCAGAGACCUCGUGGGUCAGGGACACCUCUGUUCUUCGGGCCUGUGCCUCCAACCUGGGGGCUGCCUAUGUGGAGACUGGGAACCCAGCCAAAGGACUUGAGCUGCUCCUGCGAGCCCAGCCUGAAAAGAAAGCCCAGGGCAGGUGUCAUGGUGACCAGUGUUUCAAUGUGGCUUUGGCCUAUCAUGCCCUUGGUGACCUGCCCCAAGCUUUGGACUGGUACCACAAGGCUGUGGGCCAUUACCAGGCACAGGGUAAUCAAGGAGAAGCCCAAGCAAAAAUGGGAGCCUGCUACCAGACCCUGGGGUGGCCUGAGCAAGCAGCCCACUGCCUGCAGAAGGCAAGCCAGGCCUACACCCAAGUGGGGCAGCCCCAGGCGGCAGCCCUGGCAUUAGGGGCUGCAGCCAGGUGUAUGCUGAAGAGUGGGCAGCAUGGGCUGGGUGAGGUGGUACAGGUGCUGGAGGAGAGCCGGAGACUUGCUGAGAUGAGCACUGAGCGUGAACUGCUGGGACACCUCUAUAAUGACCUAGGCCUGAGCUACUCUCAGCUCCAGCUGUUCCCUCUGGCUGUGGAGGCUUUCUUGCAGGCCUUGCCCCUGUGCCAUCAACCAGGAGAGCAGGCCACUGUGCUAAGGAACCUCGGGAUGGCCCACAAUGCCCUUGGAAACUAUCGAGAAGCCUGUGACUUUCACCAGAAGGCUGCUGAUCUGCAUGGCUCUAUCGGGCAGCGGUGGGAACAGGGCCGAAGCUUUGCUAGCCUGGCAUUUGCACUGAGUCAGCUGGGGGACCACAGGGUGGCCAGAGACAACUAUCUGCAUGCCCUACAGGCUGCCCGGGACACUGGUGACAUGAAGGGGCAAUGGCAGGCCUGUGAGGGGCUUGGAGCUGCUGCAGCCAGACUGGGGCAGUAUGACCAGGCCUUGAAGUACUAUAAGGAAGCAUUGGCCCAGUGUCAGAAGGAGCCAGAUUCUACACGAGGACGGCUGGUGGCCAAGCUGACAGAUGUCAUGAGGACACAUUUGACCCAGACCCUGGCUCUGGAGAGGCCCGAGGCUUCAGGCACCACCUGCCAGGUGGCAGAGACCUCAACCAGGAUGCAACAGGGCUCAGCAGAUGCCCAGUGCAGAUCUCUCAGUGAAUGGGAUGAUGGAGAGUUUGAGGAGUGCCACCAAGAGAAAGAGGGGUCAGCGAAUGUUCCUGUAGUAUCUGGGCCUCAGCGACUGGAACGUCCAGGACACAUAGACCACCUUCCAUUUGGAGGUGCAGGCCCCCCAAGAGUGGGAUACCCCUGCAUCCUUGUACACAGUGGCCCCCAAGGUAAAAGGUCAUCCAGGUGGCCCAGGGAAGACCUCAGUAGGAGCCCUCUGAGGAGAGUCACCCCAUCUGGCUUCUGCACAAUCACAUGACCUGGAUGCUUUGAGUGGGACUUGGGGUUGGAGCCCCUUCCCAGGCCUUUGACCCUGCAUGGAUGCAGGGAACACAGCAUGAUCAGUGAGUGGGCUCCUAUAUGAGAGGAGCAAAUGAUGCUGUCUCAGCCUGAGACGAUCUCUUUGCCCCUUAUCAGAAAUUUGGAACUCAGUGGGUAAAAGGCAAAAGGAUAAUGAAUUUCCCUUUUUCUUUCCGGAUCCAAACCUUGAUUGCUAAGGUCUUUGGCAGCUCUAAAACUAUGACUUCUUGAUUAGGUGACCCGGCGACUCUGGAGUCACUGACUUUCUCCAGCACAUUAAAUAUUCAUGUGGGAAGCGGAGAUGUAAUACCAAAGAAGACGUCUUCCCUAAGUCAGUAAGUUGCCCAGGAUGGGCUUAACCUUGCAGUGACCUCCUCAGUCUCCCAGAGUGUGGGGGAAUUACAGCAGUGUACCAGCACUUUACAGAAGACAUCUUAACCAAUCCAUAUGCUCCACUUUCUAAGGCUUGUAGCAAUUCCAGGUUACACAUAAAGUAGGUGGAGAAGCUUCAAACCCAGAAGUGUGUACCUUUGGUCCUGCUGUGUGCCUCCCUCCCCUGGCCAAGCCUUGCUUAGCAGGCUGUUGUGAUGUUUCAUGUGUGCUCAUGUUGACUGUGUACAUUAUUGCAAGGUAGAAUUUAGUUAAAUAUUGUAUAAGUGGGGCCAGGGAUAUACCUUAGCGAUAUGGCACUUGCUUGGCGAGCGCAAGGACAUGAGUUGGAUUCCUGGUAUAAACACAACAAAACAUACACACACACACACACACACACACACACACACACUAAACAGAUGAACUAUGUGUGAAAACAAGUUGUUUCUAAAAACUGGAUCCUUAAAAUACCUGAUUAAAGUGAGUCACUUUUAAAAACUGCUAUUGAAUUAGAUGUGAGCAAGAUUACAAAUUAAGAAGAAAAUCCUAACAUUCUAGUUGGAUUACACAUUUCUAUUGCUCCAAACAUGUCACUGUUGAUUCACUUUAAAGAAGCAGACUAAAAAUUGCAGAUGAUUUAUGUAAAAGAUCCUAGCUCCUCUUUGACAAGGAGUAAAUAAAUGUACUUUAAAUUGAAAUAAAAAAUAUUCUGACAAGGUUAGAUAUGGAGACAUAGGGAAGCAUAACUUCAGCCCUUUAAGGGUCUUUGUCUGGGUCUGAGAAUUAAAUUGACAUGAAAAGCAUGCAGAUUUUUUUGGUUUUGUUUUGUUUUUUGUUACCAGAGAUUGAACUCAAGACCUCGAACUUGCCGGGCAAGUGCUUAUGUGGCUGAGCUAAAUCCCUGGCCCAAAGCAUGCAGAUUUUAAAAGGUUUUAGGUGACACAGGAGGCCUCAUGAGGAAAUGAAUACCCCAAAGAAGAAGCAAAACCUAGAUGCUUUUAUACUAGGUCAAAGAAAAGUGGUUAUGGAAAAGCAAUGAAAAGACAUGGAGAGGAAGAUGAAAUCAGUUAGAUUUUUCUACACUUCUACCCCCCAUCUUUGGUGAUUCCUUUCCUUUUGGCACAAGGAGGAAGUCUUUCAUGUACCAGUCCUUCCUUUCUUUUUUUGGACAGUGUUUCACUAUGUAGCCCAGGCUGGCUUAAACUUGUGGUGAGCCUCCUGCCUCAUCCUCCUGAAUGUUGGGAUUGCAGGUGUGUACAAUCACAGCUGGCUUAUUUCUUGCUUUCAGAAAGAAAAGGGAGGUUACAUGUUGAGAGUGCAGCUGUCUAUAAUUCAGGACAAGGUCACUGCUUCUCAUGCAUUUGGCAGGGCCCCAUGAGAAGUGUAUGCAGUUCAGAGAGCUGCACACACAAAGUGCCUUCCGCUGAGAUAAUAUGGGCACUUCCCCCCUUGUUUCCUGUGUAAUUACCAAGGCAUGAUGUUUUGCAACAUCCUCCUAUGCUGACUGUAUAAAUAAAUGCACUGUAGUUGUUGAGCAGUCCUUUCUGCCACCGGGAGAGGGAAUCUACCUGACCUCAGCUUUCCUACAUUUUGAGGUUUUUUUUUUUUUUUUUUUUUUUUUUGUACGGGGGAUCGAACUCACAGCCUCCAGGCACUUAUGCCGCUGAGCUAAAUCCCCAGCCCUCUUAAGGUUUUUUGAUACCAGGGAUCCCACUCACAACCUUGUGCUUCCUAGUCAGGCACUGUGCCACUGAACCCCAGCAGCAUCUUGACUCCUCUAUUUUUUAAUCCUCUACCAUCCUCCUUCCAGUUUCAAAAGCUGUGCUGGACCUGACAGUUAGUGGCCUCUUGUACCUCCUUUUUUUUGAAGGAACUUUAACCCAAAAUAAUCUUUACACAAAAAUAGCCUACUGUGAGGUGGCAUGUUCUCUGCCCUUCCUGGUUUUCUAUAAUACUCUGAACUACUUUACAGGGAGACUUUGAGGAUUUAUUAAAAUAUUUGUAGAGGAUAUACCAUGUGGUAGGAGGGCCAAGCCCAGCACCUGCCUAUAAAGUGAUGGGAUUACAGAUGUGUGGCACCAUGCCCAGGUAUUCAGGAUUUGUAGUACAGAAGUAUACUAUGAUAGUGUAAAAAGUGAGAUAGGGUAAACAGACGUCAUGGAGACAAGGGUCCUAUAUUCCUUAGUGUAAAUAAGAACGCUGGCCUAAUGUAUGCAGCAGGUGGUACCUGGCCUUCCAGAGAGUUGUGCCAGAAUUGGCACUGUGAAGCGUGCAAGCCAGUUCCUCAUGUGCUGCGAGAGACUGGCACCAGGAGAGACAUGUCAGAAAACGAUAGGACAGGAGCCAGGCGCUUCCCUGAUUCUCUUGCUGGGCAUGGAACCUGGGGCCUCACACAGCUAGAAAAGCUUUGUCACUGUGUUCUACCUGCAGCCCCUCAUACAGUUCCAGAAACAAAUACUGAGAUAGCUUGGACCCCGGAAUAAAACCCAAGGAAGCAAGAAAUUGGGAGCAAAGGCUUUAUUCCAGGCCUGGCGACGCAGCCCCCUCAGGAUCGACCCAGAGACUGCGCGCCUUACAGACUAGGAGUAGGAUCUUUAAAGCUAAAAAACCGCAAAGCUGUUGACUUAGUUCUAAUAACAUCUGGAAUUCUUGGUACAUUCCGUUGCCCUCUGGAAUUAAACAUUUCUCGGAGAAACAGCACAUUUUACCAAAAGCAUGUGGAAGCGGGUAGAGGAUUUACAAGAAGCUGAAAUUUAAGCUCUUAUGGGAACUUAACCUUAUGGGGCAGUGCAUACAGAACAAGAUGAAGGCGCAUUGGUUACAGCUAAGCUAUAACACUACAAAACCACCAAUAAAGAUUACCAAAGCACAGGGCCAGGGAUUUAGCUCAGCCGCACAAGCGCCUGACUGACAUGUGACGAGGUCAUGAGUUCGAUCCCCAGUACCAAAAUUAAAAAUAAACAUUACCAAAGCGCAGUUGGAA